AAAAGCUAGGAACAUGGCGACGACAAUGAAAGAGGCUGUCUCUAUGUACCAGAAACUAAACAGGGAAUGGAACAAGAAACCUCCAAACCUGAAUAAGUGUGGUGACAUUCUUGGGCAGCUAAAGAUUGCUUUGUUGAAUCUGUCAUUCCUACCAAUAGCUGGCAGUAAGCCCUCCAAACAAGAACUCAUCAUAGCACGUGAUAUCCUCGAGAUAGGCGUGCAAUGGAGUGUGCUGAAAGGAGAUAUCCAGUCAUUUGAGCGAUACAUGGCACAACUGAAGCCAUAUUACUUUGACUACAGGGAAGAGCUACCGGAAUCAUCCUAUAAGUUUCAGCUCCUUGGUUUGAAUCUUCUCAGACUACUCGCACAAAACAGACUCGCCGAGUUCCACACGGAAUUGGAACUGCUACCUGCUAAAGAAAUCCAGAACAACAUUUACAUCAAGCACCCUGUGUCCAUGGAGCAGCACCUCAUGGAAGGCAGCUACAACAAGGUGUUUCUUGCCAAGGGCAAUGUCCCCGCGGAGAGCUACAACUUCUUCAUCGACAUCCUCCUGCUGACCAUCAGGGACGAGAUUGCCACGUGUCUGGACAAGGCCUAUGAGAGAAUAGCCUUCAACGAGGCAGCCAGGAUGCUGUUCUUCACCAAGCCUCAGGAGAUGAAGGCUUACGCUGAAAAGCGUGGCUGGGGGCUGGGCCAGGACAACUAUUUUGUCUUCCACACAGACAAGAAAGCGGAGGAAACUAUACCAUCACAUGAACUAGCAUUACAGGUCAUCGAGUAUGCAAGAGAACUUGAAAUGAUCGUGUAAUACAUCAAGUGUGUUUUAAAUCCGCCUUACAUGUAUAGUAUUGUAGAAAUGUACUUUGUUUUGUCUGUCUCAUGGAAUGGUAGAUGUUUGUCAGAAGAUGCCGAUGUUCAGCUCAGAAUUUGAAGAUGCGGACACUGCUUUGGUAUCAUCAUAGUGUACUUCUGAAUCAGAGACACUUAUUUUGAAAUCCGUCACUUAACAGGAUAAACUGCCAAUGGCAGUUAGCAAAAACAUGUAUAUGCAAUCGCUGAGGUAAUUCCUUAUUCAUCGGUCACCAGUUAAAAUGUGUGUGGAUGUACUAAGGCUAUGUUCUGUUUGACAUGAAAUUUGCCUUGCCUCACUGUGCGUUGCUUGGGUGUUUAGAAUGUCUUAUCCCACAUCACAGCAGCCAACAAUUGUUUUGUCAUACCUCUGUCUUGAUUGUGUUGAUGCGAAGGAAUGUAUCCAAAGAAACAAGCCCUGAAUUCCAGAAGUUCAGAAGAAGAUGGGCCUUCUGUCAAACGGUAUAAUUAACAUUAACGAUGCCGUCUGCGAAGGCACUGUUCCCUCACUCUCUUUAAUUGGGUAAACUUUAAUGUGAAAGUAGUGCAGAUACCAGUGAGUACAAGUUCACAUCAUGUACAUGUAGUCUGGCUAGCGGUCCCUGCAUUACAUUAUACAUUGUGGGGACAGGAACGAGUCUGUUGUACGAGCGCAACCAUUGAUCGAAUUCCCUGGUAAGGUAUACACAAAACGUAUCAUGGGUACCAUGCAAAACUGACUGAAAUGAGUGACAACAGUUGCUCUCGAACUUCCCGAAGCUCUUCUGUCUCAUGCAUGUGCACAUGCUGUUGGCAGAAAGAUGCCACAGUGAGUGUGAUAUGCAGACAUAUCGCCCUGUCAUGUGAUCAUUCUGGGCCAAUGAACAGACAGUAUCCAGGACAGAGGUAUGGCAAGUAUAUUUAAUGUGCACUCAUUCUAAUGACCAAGGAUCCAUUUCCAAGAGCUGCUAAGCUGAACUUUCAGCCAAGCAUAGGAAAUGAAUAGGCUAAGUAAGUACGAGUUACCAAGGUGUCAUACAGAGUGUAUGUAAUACUCAAGACAGGCACGCCGCUCAUUUUUGCUAAGCCUAAAAAUGUGCCAAACAAUGCGUUCUUCAGGCCGCUCUACUCCAUGAAAUGAUGCCCAGCAAUAUAAGAGUGGCACUCUUUAGAUUGCUGGAGAGAGCAGUGCUGUUGGUUAAUCAGUACCCAGGGUCACACAGUGGGACUUUCAGAUUGAAUGAAACAUCCCUGGAAUGUUUCUGUGAGAAUCAUUUUAUUCAAUAGGCAUCUUGUAGAGUUCUGCAGUCACCAUUCCAACUGGAGAAAAAAAUAGAAACUUUCCGAUGAACUGCACAUCAAACUGAUAAGCUUGGACAGCACUGUCCAAACACAGACUAAUACUUAUCUAAAGCUGCCAUUUGGAAUUUUCCCACAUUGAAUAAAAAAACAUGACGAGACUGAAGUCAUCCCUGGUUGCCCCCCGCUCAGGCAGCAUGAAAAACGAAAUGAAUCCAUUUUUGGUUGAAAGUUACAUAAGAGCAAGAUUACGUUGAUCCAAUUGUGUCCGUUUUGUUUUAGGAAAAUGGAAAUGAUUUUAAUAAAGAGACAACACACCAAA